AUGUACACAUGGAAGCUUAGUCCCAAGGCGAGGGAGGCGCCGGCACCUGCCUCGCCGUGCUCAGACGACCGUGCUGGUCCUGUACUCCCAUGGAAGGCCCCAAGGGAUACCGCGAGCUUUCGAGCGUUUAUGGACGACGCGAAAGCGAGGGGCUCAGCGAGCAUUGCGAGCAUACUGCACAAGAUGCGGGAGCAGGUGGACAACGCUGAGGUACAAGAAGCAGGAUGCGAGGCACUGCAAUUGCUGGCGAAAAUACACGUGGAUGAGGUCAGGAACAGCAUGUGCCUGAAAGCAGGGAUGAAGGCCGUGGUGACAGCGAUGACGAGGCUUGCGGACAGACCAGAGGUGGUAGAGGUGGGACUGAAGACCUUGAUCACCAUUGCGCUGAAGCACCAGGAGCUCCGCCACAUGCUGAGAGACAUCGGAGGGAUCGAGGCCGUGCUCAAAGUGCUGAGGGAGCACGCCACGUCGAUCCUUGUGCAGGAAGCCGGUUGCAACGCCCUCUUGGCCCUGAUGCAGGACAACGAGAUCAACCGGACGAGGGUGAAGGAGGGAGGAGGGAUCGAUGCGGUGAUAGCGGCGAUGAGGAUGUUUGCGAGCGAUGCGGUCCUGGUGACGGCAGGGUGCGACGCGCUGGGCUGGCUGGGAUGGGAGGACGCGCACAGCCAGGGGGAGAUCAGAGAGAGGGGAGGGAUCAACGCGGUGAUGAGGGCGAUGAAGACCUUCAAGAUGUAUCCUCGUGUGCAGGAAGCUGGAUGCCGGGCUCUGGGGCGCCUGGGGAGGAGGAACAGGGUCAGCCAGGCCAAGAUCAGGGAGGACGGAGGGAUCGAGCUGGUGGUGGAGGCGAUGCAGACCCACCACAUGUCCUUGCUGCUGCAUAACGUGGGAUGUCGGGCCCUGCAGUACCUGGCGGAGAACAACGAGGAGAGUUGCUCGAAGCUGAGGGAGCUCGCCAAGAAAGUCUCAACGUCCUGA